CAAUCAAAGGCUUUCCUGCAGACUUAUGUAGCACGUGCGUGCCGCCUUUAGGCUGGGAGGGGGCAGCGCAGCCCCGCUGCCUGCCUGCCGCCUGGUUCCGUCUGCAGCCUGAGGUGUUCACGCACGGCAGCCUCCUCCAGACCGUGACGGGGCGAGUUCGCUGUCGGUGAAAAAGGCGCUGCCGAGUGCGUCUGUGCGCACGCGCGCGCACGUGUGUGUGUUUUGAUGAGAGGGGGGGGGGGUUUCUGAGGAAAACAGCAGGGAUUCACGCACGCCGCCCUCACAGGAAGCAGGAGCGCACCGAGAGCGGAGCAGCGGACGCGCAAAGGAGCAGAGAAACAAAUCGCUGCAGAUCAAACGCAAAGAAAGGGUGGAUGAUGAUGGUGCUCCUUCCACCAGAGAAAACACCUAAAAGGUGAUACCUCUGCUCUGAGGUCACAGUGAAGCUGUGGGACAUAAACAGAAAGCUGUGUUUUCCCGGUUCCGUUUCCUGUCAGUGAAUGCACCUUUGCGACAUGGAGACGCUGUCCCAGGACUCGAACCUGGAGUGCCAGAUCUGCUUCAACUUCUACAGCCCCCGGCGGCGGCCCAAACUCCUGGACUGCCAUCACACGUGCUGCUCCGUUUGUCUGAACCUAAUGCGCAGCAGCCAGAAGGAGAUCCGCUGCCCCUGGUGCCGCAGCGUGACCAAACUGGCCCCCGGCCUGUCCGUCUCCCAGCUGCCUGACGAUCCGGACGUCGUCACUGUGAUAGCUGUCCCUCACGUGUCUGAGCACACCCCCAUCUUCAUCCGCCUCCCCAGCAGUGGGUGCUACAUGCUCCCCCUGCCCGCCAAGGAGCGGGGGUCCGGCCUGCAGGGGGAGCUGGGCUGUCGCUUUCUUCCAGGUGGGCCGCACAAAGGGGUGAGCGUGGUGACCGUGCCCGAGCGGCAGCCCCUGGACAUAGCCAUAGGGCUGGAGGCGGGCGAUAGGGAGGGUGGGGUUACCGGCCCGGUGGGCGGGGUGAAAGGGUCCUCGUGGUCUGGUGUGUGCACGGUGAUCCUGGUGGCGUGCGUGCUGCUUUUUCUGCUGGGCAUCGUGCUGCACAACAUGUCCUGCAUCUCCAAACGCUUCACCGUCAUCUCCUGCGGAUGAGGGGCGGGGCCCAGGCUGCAGACCCUCCAGCACCUGAGGGACUGAACUCACAUGACGGGAUUUGGAUCUCAAAAGUUUGGGGGGGGGGGGGGGACUGUAGAGUUCUUCAAAUUCCUGGAUGACAGCACAGAUGAACCUCAAAUUGGGGGUUGUGUAAAUUUAAAGGACCCGAAUGUUUCUGAAAGAUGAUUUUCCUUUAUGAUUGUGUUUUGACUCAUUUCAGUUCUUCAUGGAAAAAGGGGGGGAGGGGAGGGGGCAUAAAGAGGGUCAAAGAGAAGGGGUAUCAGGGGCAUCAUCUCAUCAGUGAGGUUUAAAUAUCUUUACACCUGUUAAAGAAGAGGAGCUAACUUUUCUCUUGAAAAUCCUUUUUUUUUUACUUUCAAAAAUAUUGUAAAUAAAAUUUUUACCACCUUUUUAAAAGAA